GUCAUUUGAUGUUCAUCUUCAUCCCUUUCAUGGCAUUGUGUUUUUUCCAUCCUACGACAGGCUCGAGAGUCGCGGUCGUGUGCAAUCAAUGAAAUUAUUAGGGAGUCUUAGUCACGAGUUGUUUCAUAAAUGUACAAUGCACUAGAAGCGCAAAAGUACCACGUAGCCUUUUUUCGCACUUCUCAUAGCCAGUUUCAAGAGUUUUCGUACGAAAGGUUGCAGAUGCACGCAGUGAAUAAUUACAAAUCAUCACUGGUUAGCGCCAACACAACUGCUUGAGCAGCGAGCAAAACUAUGUGACCGAAGGAGAUGAAAUAGCGCAAGAAUUAUCCGACCACCGGCUUUAAAGUAUUUUUUGCACACGACGAGUCGUACCCAAAGGAGAAUAAAAUUUCUUAUUUCAAUUUGUGUCACUGAGAAAACUCCACAUUAUCGGAGAAACGAAGCACAGAAAAUGAAGGUGACUUUGAAGUGUGAAGGCUUGAGCCCGCUGGCCAUUCGGGUCACGCUGCCGCAGAAGCAGUUACACGAUAUGACGGGCGACAAGUUGCUCGCUUUGUUCGCGAAGCAACACGACCGAAAAUUUGCCGCGGAGCAGCCGGACUCCACGCCCUUUUGUUGCGCGGACCACUUUUUGAAAAUCAUCGGCGGCAACCGCCUAGCGUCCACCGACCUGGUUGCGGACUAUGUGACCGACGGGGCGGAGGUGCUCGUCGUCCACAAGGACGGGCCGGCGGAAGCGAGUGCGGCUGCAUCUGCUUCCACACCUUCGACGAGAGCAUCGGCAUCAGCUUCGCCGGUUGUCGCUUCGAAGAAUAAUAUGACCACCUCUACUGCUGGCGACGCUGCAAAUGGUACUACGACUUGUACCUCUGCCGAUCCGGAGGGCGCUGCCAAGCAGGCCCGCAAGGCGGCCGAGGCGGCCGGCAAGGUGCGGUGCAAGAAUUUCGGGUGCAGCAAGUUCUUCGACCCGGUAACGGAGGGCGGCCCGCAGGAGUGCCGCCACCACAAGAGCCCGCCCAUCUUCCACGAGACGGCGAAGUGGUGGAGCUGCUGCCCCGACAAGAAGGCCUACGACUGGGACGAAUUUCAGAAGAUUCCCGGCUGCCAGUGGGGGCCGCACAGCACCGUGGCCGCCAAGAAGCAGGUGCUGGGCGGCACGGACCUCCGCGAGGCCAACGCGCCGCAGCGCAUCGACCAGGACGGCAACGCGACGCUGGAACCGCGGAAAAAGCUCGACCUGUUGCGCAAGGCCAUGGCCACCUGCGGUGUCGACGAGGCAAAGUUCGACAAGGCGUGGGGCCAGCUGAUGGUACGACACGGCGGCAAGCUGGAAAUAUCAAAUGCAAAAAUGUCUGGGUCUGGAAGAUUCUGAGACUUGUCAUGCAUGCGUUGCAUGACCCAGGAUGUCUGUAGUGCACGAUCUAGCAUCACAGAUUUUUAGAGGUCUUCCUGAUGCCUCCACCGCAUGAGAAAUGCCCUUCCCGCGUAGCACAAACUAGACUCCUCUUGCUGGUCAUGCAAUACAAUUUUUUUUAGAAUCCAAAGUUAGCAUCACAAGUUCCAACCUUCCAUACCCAGACAUCUUUGCAUUUGAUAGGAAACGGUGGUGGACAAGAUUGGCGCGGCCUGCGAGCGGGCGCUGGUGGAGGUCACCGAAGGCAAGCACUUAUGCGUUGCAAAUAUGUCUGGGUCUGGAAACUUGUGAUGCUGGGUGGCGUAUCAUGAUGAGGCCACAAGUGCUGGCUCAGCAUGACAAGUUUCUGAGCUUCUAGGUGUUGCCUAUUCUGCAUGACAGAAUGCGUUUCUGCAUGACAGAAACGUGGAGCUCUUGGGUAACGUGCAUGACAGAUUCAAGAGUCAUGCCAGACAAGCAUAACAAACAUGCAUUCUUCCAGACCCAGACAUUUUUACACCUGAUAGCACGAAGAUGAAAACAAUUACAUCAGCGCCGGGGGAGGUGCUGGCUCCUCGACGUCCCCGUCUCCACUAGUAGCAGCGACAGGAAAUGAAAUGAUGACCGAUUGACACUGACGACCCGAUUCACUUUUGUCUUGCAGGAUCCGUCGAAGUCCGACCACGUCAACAUCCGGGAGGUUCGCGAAGAUCUUUUUGUUUGUGUGCAAUUAUAUCUUCUAUGUGCGGCGCCCCCCGACGAGCUCGUCGUCUUUCUUGUGAUGAAAGUGUUAAAAAAACCUCUACUUCCCCAGGAGGACCUCGCGCGACCUAUGAUAUCUUUUGUACAACAACUUCCGCGACAAAAACGAUCGACAAAAAAAGACGCACUUCUGCAGAAAAGAUUGCACUGCCCCGCAGAUUUAUGUCAAUGAUGUUGAUUCAUUUCAUUUUCU